ACUCUUGUUAUAAGACAGCACCCAGAUGGAGUGAAAUAAAAGGAGUCAGUCAAGUUGAACUAGAAGGAGAAAGAUUAGGAAAUGAUGAAGAGCAGAUUUGAUGUUGUUCUAGUCUUCUUUCCCUAUGAGUUUUGAUGACACAUGUUUGGAGAUUGGACUUUCAACGUAUCUUCCCUUGCUUUCCUUACUUUGCUGUAGUUUGGGGUAUCUUUCAUCAUACCAUCUACUUUCCUCCAUCUUUAACUACAGUACAGUACACGUGGGGUUCGUUUCUUUUGCCUUCUUUCAUUUAGGACACAUCCAACCCAUUACACUUAUGAAACAUUGCAUCUUUGAGGUUUAUUAUCGAAAACAUUCACCACCCCAGAUCAUAUCUUUUUCUGCUUCUCUCACUCUCUUCCCAUAACUCCAGCUUUUUGGUGAAUGAAUGAGCAUUGAAAAAGCUUCCAUCUUUUCGAGUUUCUGAUAUAUGUUUUUUUUACUAUUUACAAAGGGGGUAAACUUUUAUGAUGAUUACUUGCUAGAUAUAGAUGUUUGAGCCCUUUCCUCUUUUAGAAUUAUGGAUUCUGGGAGUAGGAUUUACACGGCUGAUGAGUUCAAAUUGGAUGCUAAAUGGUUGAUUGAUCCAAAGCAUCUCUUUGUUGGUCCAAGAAUCGGAGAAGGAGCUCAUGCCAAGGUCUAUGAGGGAAAAUCUAAAAACCAGACUGUUGCAAUUAAAAUACUUCAUAAGGGAGAAACUCCUGAGGAGAUAGCCAAGAGAGAAGGACGGUUUGCAAGAGAGGUUGCAAUGUUGUCUAGAGUGCAGCAUAAAAAUCUAGUGAAGGAGCCUGUAAUGGUGAUAGUUACUGAGCUUCUGCUGGGUGGGACUCUACGGAAGUAUUUGCUGAACAUGCGGCCGAGGUGCUUAGAUAUGCGUGUUGCUAUUGGUUUCGCACUUGAUAUAGCUUGUGGUAUGGAAUGCUUGCAUUCUCAUGGGAUCAUACACCGUGAUCUGAAGCCUGAAAACUUGCUUUUGACAGCAGACAAUAGAACAGUUAAACUAGCAGAUUUUGGCUUAGCGCGAGAGGAACAUACCGCUGAAACAGGAACAUACCGCUGGAUGGCUCCAGAGUUGUACAGCACUGUCACAUUAAGGCAAGGAGAAAAGAAGCAUUAUAACCAUAAAGUGGAUGCCUACAGCUUUGCGAUUGUGCUAUGGGAGCUCCUGCACAACAAGUUACCAUUUGAAGGCAUGUCAAAUCUCCAGGCAGCAUAUUCAGCUGCUUUUAAGAAUGUGAGGCCUAGUGCUGAAAACCUGCCGGAGGAAUUGGCCAUCAUUCUAACAUCAUCUUGGAAGGAGGACCCAAAUGCUCGUCCUAAUUUCAGUGAAAUAAUCCAGAUGCUCCUAAAUUUUAUUUCUGGUAUGUGUCCUCCUGAGCCAACAGCUAUUCCUCCUCGAAUUUUUGCUUCAGAGAACUCCAUCUUGGCGCCCGAGUCUCCAGGUACGAGCUCUUUGAUGGGAGUCCGUGACGAUUCUGAGGAAACCCCCAAAGCCAGGAAAGAUAAAAAACAGAGGAGUUUCUUCUUCUGCUUUGACCAUGUUGGAAUCAAAAGAAGCCAAAGAGGGCUCGCUUGCCUAACAAGGGGUUCCAAUAUCUUACUCAAGAUAUUUCAGUGAAAUAGUUCCGAGAAAGCAGGCAAGCUUAAAAUAAUUUUUCUUGAUGCUAAGGAUUCGAUUCUGGAACUUUUUUUUCAGAGGGGUUGAUGGCAAAUUAGUUUGAUUCCCAUUAGCAAAAUUCGAGAGGAUCUGCUUUUCAGGGUAUCUUUUUGGCUCUAACAAACGUGUCUCCUAAACCAGCCACUGGAACCUCAAACACGUGUUCACUAUCAUAAAGAAAUUCUGAUUCCUGUAUAGGUCAUUGAAUAAUGCAGCAGCUUCUAAUAUUACAAGCUUACUCAUAGCCAUAGUUGGAAGCGAAGGGAGUAGUACAGACAACAAUGAGAAGGAGCUUAGUAUAUACUCCCAGACAGAAUUCCGGUUGGGACACCACGUCCCAAGACUACCAAGCUCAUCUUUCCCGAAUGGAAAGAUCAGCCACCAUGAUCCCUGGUGCCCCUCAGUACCCCAAUGUCCACAAGGCCUUCAACAACAAGGUUGAGUUUCCAGAAGAAGAUCAGUGCGCUGAGCGGUCCCCAACGGCAAACUCCCGAAAGAAGGUUCAGGUGGUUGAGCAUGCAGAGACCGUUGAUGAAGCCACCCUUGAUUCUCAAGCUGAUGGCUACAUCCAGCAGAAACACAAAGCCUUUGAACUGUGCAAAUGGAAGACCUUCAAAAUGCACUAGAGUCUGAGACUUUUGGAGCAAGCAUGUCGAUCAUGAUUUAACGACAGGCCACGUAACUUAAAUAUAUGAAGUAUUGCUGCUCAUACACUAGUUAAAUAAAUGACCUGUCACUGUCUUGGAGAGCUACCAAGACUCUGUGUUCUCUUUUUUCUCUUUUUCUUUGUAAGUUUUGCUUGGAUAGCAUAGUAAUUGCUCUUAGGUGUGGCCUGAUAUGUAGUUGCUGUUAAUUGAAAAUUAUUUAUGAAUACUAAUAUAUAGUAUACACAUAUACAUUACCUUCGUA